AGACAAUGUUUGCACAAGUGAUUCUUGUGCGCGCAUAUAUCAUGCAGUCUGUCUGGGCGACGGAUAAUCAAUAUAAAUGUGUGUGUUGAGUAACCGGGGAACCUUCACUUCACAACCACUGAAUCAUUUUUUUUGCUCAAAUGAACUAGAUUUUUACUGCGUUUAGAGUUAACAGUAAUCCUGAAAUUGUCACCAACAUGGGGCUGUCUGUGUCGAAAACAGAUUUUGCUUGGGUGUACACAGAUGAACCGCAUUUAACGAGAAGAAAAGAAAUGUUAAAAAAAUACCCAGAGAUCAAACGCUUGAUGGGCCAUGAUGUGAACAUCGCUUACAUCAUGGUUGCCAUGGUGAUUUUUCAAAUCCUUACGGCGUACCUGCUCCGGAAUGAACCGUGGAUGACCAUUGUCAUCGUGGGUUACUGCUUUGGUGGUGUCAUCAACCACGCGAUGUCGCUCGCGCUCCACGAAGUCGGGCACAAUUUGGCCUUCGGUCACAGUCGACCUAUGUGGAACCGCAUCAUCGGGUUCAUAGGGAACUGUGUUAUUGGCGUUCCUGUGUCCAUCUCCUUCAAGAGGUAUCAUCAGGAUCAUCACAAAUAUCAGGGUGAGGAACAUCUGGACCCAGACCUGCCCUCGGACUGGGAAGGCUACCUUUUCAGGAACGCCCCGACCAAGAUGAUCUGGAUGCUGCUGCAGCCGUUCUUCUACGCCUUCCGCCCGAUGCUGCGCCGUCCCAAGUCCCCGACGCGCUUGGAGAUCCUUAACUACAUCAUCCAGAUUGCCUUCAACGCCGCCAUCAUCUACUUCAUCAGCUUCAAGGCCUACCUGUACUUAGUGAUCGGCACGGUGAUCUGCAUGGGGAUCCACCCAAUGGCCGGUCACUUCAUCUCGGAGCACUACCUGUUCAAGGAAGGACACGAGACGUACUCUUACUACGGGCCGUUCAAUUACAUCGCCUUCAAUGUGGGGUAUCACAUGGAGCACCAUGACUUCCCUAACAUCCCUGGCAACAAACUUCCCUUGAUAAGGAAGAUAGCUCCGGAGUACUACGAUCCGUUGCCCAACCACGACUCCUUCGCCAUGGUGGUGUGGAACUUCAUCGUCAAUCCGUCCUUUGGGCCCUACGCUCGGUGCAAGCGUCCUGAUUCCAUGGAUCCACGGAACAUUGACGCCUGGGAGAAGCACCUCCAUGCAUUUUGAUGUCACAGUUAAUUAAGAACGAAACUUGAGAAGAAAAAAAAAUCAAUACGUUAAUGUGACUGAAUCUUACACAAACCCUAGUCUGAACAUUCGAACCCUCAAUAUUGAUUUAAAGGAUCCAUGGGAUGAAUUUUUCUUAGGAACACAUUUUUGUGCAACUUUCUACUCCUUUGACAUCGCCGUUUGGUUGAAUUUGAUUGAAAGUGCACUUCUUUAAACAUUUCAAAUUUACCCUGCUUUUCCGGACAACUGAGGGCGCUGUUGCUGUGAUGCCAUUUUCAAUUUGUUC